AUGAGUCUGAUCCGGUCCUAUAUCCCUUUCCUUGGCCUUAUUGCCAUGGGAACAUUUGCCACAGCUUUGCAAAUCAACAUUUACUCCGACCACAACUGCCAAAACUUCAUUGGAUCGUUUUUUCCGGGAGCUUGUGAUGCUUUGCCCCAGCCUAAUGGAGGCAUUGGUAGCUGGCUUAUUGUUUGCCAGAACAACUUCGAUGAUAACUGCGAGUCCAUUACCUUCUACAACAGCAAUGGAGGUGGUUGUGCCGAAGAGCACGCUGUCAGCGCCCUCGGCUGCAGCUGCAACUCUGAUCCUACAUCUAACGAUAACCGCCGAUGCCAGAGCACGGUUGGUUUGGGAGCUCAUUUCUGGGGUGAGCGUGGUGAAUAA